AUGGAGCUGGAAGACGGAGUUGUGUACCAGGACGACCCGGGGACAUCAGCGAUGAUGUCAGAGCGGGUAUCGGGCCUGGCUAACUCCAUUUACCGCGAGUUCGAGAGGCUCAUCGGGAAAUACGACGAGGACGUGGUGAAGGAGCUCAUGCCGCUGGUGGUGGCGGUCCUGGAGAACCUCGACGCGGUGUUCGCGGAGAAUCAGGAGCAUGAAGUGGAACUGGAACUGCUCAAGGAGGACAACGAGCAGCUUAUUACCCAGUACGAGCGCGAGAAAGCGCUCAGGAAACACGCGGAGGAGAAGUUCAUUGAGUUUGAGGACACGCACGAACAGGAGAAGAAGGACCUGCAGAGCCAUGUGGACAGAAUGGAAUCCCACUCACGGCAACUUGAACUCAAGAUCAAGAACCACGCUGACCAGAUCGGCAGGUUAGAAGAGCGAGAGGUGGACCUGAAGAAGGAAUACAACUCCCUCCAUCAAAGGCACACGGAGAUGAUCCAUAAUUAUAUGGAGCACGUAGAGCGCAUCAAAAUGCAGCAAGGCGGCGAGACGUCCGAACCGAGCAGCGGCGGCCGAGUCCGGAGAGAGCGUCCGCUUUCUUUGGGCAUCUUCCCAACGUCCGCCGGCGGGGCUCUGCCCAUUGCCGACUCGCAGAGCCGUGCGGAGACGCCGAGCGCGGAGGGAUGGAGGCUCGGCGACACGACGCACACUCGCUCCAACACCAGCCUGCAGCAGGACUUUGCCAACCCCCCAAGAGAAAGGGGGGGUAAGAGCGCGCAAGACUCUACUUGGGGGAGUUCACUGGCUGACGACUGCAAGGACGAAAUGUCGGAUUUGACCGGCUGCAAGUCUGCCACUUUGACGCCCACUUCGGCCUCCGAUUUUGGGAGGGAUGACGGGAACAGUAAGAGCACAGAGGUACAAGCCGCACCAGGGACCAGAUCUGUAUCAGUCGGUUUGCCUGAUAAUGAAGACGACGGCUCGGACGUGCAGGACAUCAUCGAGUCCACGCCUGAGCUGGACAUGGAUCUGGCCGGCUACAAGAAAUGCAGUACGCCGAUCAAAGGCAUUGAGAACAAGGCCUUUGAUCGGAACACGGACUCCCUUUUCGAGGAGCUGUCGUCUGCGGGCACGGGGCUCAUCGGGGACGUGGACGAAGGUGCCGACCUACUGGACCUUAGUUUGAUUGGGAUGGGCCGGGAAGUGGAAAAUCUCAUUCUGGAGAACUCACAGCUGCUUGAAAGAAAGAAUGCCCUGAACGUGGUGAAUAAAGACUUGAUUUUGAAAGUGGAUGAGUUGACGUGCGAGAAGGAGAUGCUGCAGGACGAGCUGGAGGCCGUGCGGCAGGCCAAGACAAAGAUGGAGGACAAAAGCCGAGAGUUGGAGGAGGAACUGAAAAAAGUGCGACUCGAGAUGGAGGAGGCGCUCCAGAAAACGAAAGAAGAAGAAGACAGCGACGUACCCACGGCUCAGCGGAAGCGCUUCACCAGGGUGGAAAUGGCCCGAGUGUUGAUGGAAAGGAAUCAGUACAAAGAGAGGCUGAUGGAGCUGCAGGAAGCCGUGCGGUGGACGGAGAUGAUUCGGGCCUCCAGGGAAAAUCCGUCUCUUGCGGAAAAGAAGAAAUCCAGCAUCUGGCAGUUCUUCAGCAGACUUUUUAGCUCCUCCUCCAGCGCCCCCGCCGUCAAGAAGAUGGAGCCGCAGUCUAACGUCAAAUACAACGCUCCGGGCGGCAUGGUGAAACGGAGCAGCACUUUCUCCCAGUUCCCCACGGAGAAGUCCAAAACGUUUGACUUCCUCAAUGACGAAAAAGACCAAUGCAGCUCCCCUUCGCGCAAGGAGCAGAAGCGAGCCCAGUACAGGCAGGUGAAAGCUCACAUGCAGAAGGAGGACGGUCGGGUCACCGCGCACGGGUGGAGCCUGCCGAGCAAGUUCAAGGGGGCCAACGGUGGACAAACGGAGAACAAAAUCAACCUGCCCGUGCCCGUCUAUUUGAGACCCCUGGAGCAGAAAGAUGCGUCUUUGAAGUUGUGGUGCGCGGCGGGCGUCAAUCUCUCCGGGGGGAGGGCGUCGCACCCGCCGUCUGAGCUCGCAAAGCAGAUGAAGGGAUCGCAGGGUAGCCUGAACCAUUUGGAGCAAGAGAACAAGGUCAGGGAUCAAGAGAAAGUCGAGGAGCUGAUCCUUCAGGACGAAUCGUCGAGUCGGGUGUGGUUGUGCGCCAGCGCCCACUCCUCCACCAAGGUCUUGGUGGUGGAUGCUGCCCAACCGUCUGACCUUGUCGACAGCUUCUACGCCUGCAACACGCACGUCGUUUGCAUCGCCAGUGUUCCAGGUGUGUCAGAGUCCGAUUAUCCCGCCGGUGAGGAAGUACCUCAAGACGCGGAUGCCAAUCAGGGCGAUGUGGUCUCCCUGGCUGGCAGCGUGGCCAGCGUGGGCUCGACGGGCAGCGACGGCACCCUGGCAGCUGAGGGCGCCACCGCCAUACCCCAGACGGCCAGCGCAGGGGGCCUCGAGCAGCCGGCGGAGCACAGCGCCAUCCCCGGCUCAGCCGAGCUGUCCAGGCAGACGAGCCCGGCGGAUGUUCCCACGGCGGAAGAGGCGACGGAAGCAACGGAGGCAAACGCCGACGGGUGCGAAGAGGGCGAGGGGGACCAGGGACCCGAGCAAAAUCAGCCCGGGAUCUACACGGAGCACGUUUUCACCGACCCACUGGGGGUGGGGCCUAACGAGUCUUCUCCUACCUACGUCCAAAGGGGCUCCGUGACAACCUUGCCGGACGACUCUGACCCCUCGGCUCUGGAAGUCAAGAGGAUGAGCAGUGCCCUCCCCACUAUGUGGCUUGGCGCUCAGAAUGGGUGUCUGUACGUCCACUCAUCUGUGGCGCGAUGGAGAAAGUGUCUUCAUGCCAUCAAGCUUAAAGACUCCAUCCUCAGCAUCGUGCACGUUAAAGGUCGAGUCCUGGUAGCACUGGCGGAUGGAACCUUAGCAAUUUUCCACAGAGGCAUCGACGGCCAGUGGGACCUUACCAACUACCACCUGUUGGAUCUGGGACGACCCCACCACUCAAUCCGCUGCAUGACUGUAGUUCACGAUAAGGUGUGGUGCGGCUACAGGAACAAGAUCUACGUCAUCCAGCCUAAAGCCAUGAGGAUAGAGAAGUCGUUCGACGCACACCCGCGCAAGGAGAGUCAGGUUCGGCAGCUCGCCUGGGUUGGAGACGGCAUCUGGGUGUCCAUCCGACUGGAUUCCACACUUCGAUUGUUUCAUGCCCACACCUUCCAGCACCUCCAGGAUGUGGAUAUUGAGCCCUACGUCAGCAAAAUGCUAGGCACGGGUAAACUGGGUUUCUCCUUUGUGAGAAUCACAGCUUUGGUGGUCUCCUGCAGCAGACUUUGGGUGGGGACUGGAAAUGGCGUCAUCAUUUCCAUCCCGCUGUCCGAAGCCAACAAGACAUCCGCACCGGUGCCAAAUUGGCCCGGCGGCGCCGUACGGGUUUACAGUGACGACAGCGCGGAGGGCGCACUGCCAUCCAGCUUCGUGCCGUACUGCUCCAUGGCGCACGCCCAGCUCUGUUUCCAUGGACAUCGAGAUGCUGUCAAAUUCUUUGUCACCGUGCCAGGUCAGGCAAUGCCACCUCCCGGAAGUGCUGAUUCGGGCUCCGACGACCCCCCGUCUGAAUCCUCGGACACAGCCGCGUCAGAGCCCAAAACGUACCUGGUGAUGAGUGGAGGAGAAGGCUACAUUGACUUCAGAAUGGGUGACGAGAACGCAGAGCUGGACGGCACAUCCGAGCCGACGUCGGGCCAACGGUCGGCGCCGACCAAGGCCGAGCGGAGUCACCUCAUCGUCUGGCAGGUGGCCACUUCUCAUGAUUGAGCCAACGCCACUUUCGACAUCCUCGGCCUUCAGCCCGCAUGCGCAACUUCAAGUUUUUUUGAAUCGAAUAGAAUUCUUAAGUCAUUCACAACUUUGUAAAAAAAAACAAAAAAAACAAAAAAAAACACGCCUAUUUUUUCAGUAUUUUUUGUACAGUUUAUUCGUAUGGUCAGUAGGGGAUGUGUGCUAAGUUAACCGAUACGGCCAAGCGCUCCCUUCGUUGGGGCUGCACGCCGCUGCAAAAAGGCGUGGACGUCGUUUCCCCGCUCUAGGACGCUCGAGGCAUUUCUGCAGACAUGGGGAGAAAAGGGAGAAGGAACUUUUUGAGUUUAUCUGACCUAUUAUUUCAUAUUAUACAUGUUAAGAUUUUUGACAUUUGUAUACCACAAGUCUCCGUGUGAGAGCUCAGGUGUGUUUGUGUGUGUGUGUGUGUGUGUGUGUGUUGGUUUACAAUUCUCUGUGGUACACAAAACUUGAUUUUUUUGCCACUGCAGCUGUAGAGUAAGGCUCUUGAUUUCCCCCCACCCCCUUUUUUUUUUAAACCGAGGAUUUACAUGUGGGCUGUUCGGGUAGUCAGCUUGCCAUCUUGGUGCUUCCCGUUCCGAUUUCAUGGGCACUUUAUUGUGAUGGACUCGAUUAAUUGCUUUGAACAAACAAACAGAAAUGCUCUGUGUGCCAAAAAAAGUGUUGGCGAGGUGUCAUCCCAAUAACUCAAUGAUGACCGAAGGAAGAACAUGAAAAGGAAUUUAUUUGUUGAGACAGUAUUGAAUAUCUUAAAAGGUCUGCGUGCUUGUUUGUGUCAAAUCAAUUUGAAUAGGACAUUUUGGCCAAACGUAAUAUUUUAAUGUGGCACCUUCUUGUGGAAAUGCACGUGACUAAAAGAGACGAGCGUGCUGCAUUGUCUCCUCUGGAGAGGAAUUAUUUGGCAUUUGUUUGAUAUCCAUCUGUGAAAAUGUAAAGUAUGUGAUGAUGACUCUAAAAUGCUUGCAGAAAUUGAUUCAAUGUCUGAAAAGAUCAGGCCAAGUCUGGUCUACUGUCCUUCGCCGGCAUUCGAAACGAUGACGUUAUCUCCUGUUUUUACCAUUCCAAUAUUUAUUUGCAUUGCAAUGGAGCCUGCGUUGGUUCAGAAUGUAACUUUUUAUCAAACCAGUCCAUUUUGAAAAAUGCAGUGCGAUGAGUUUCUAUGAUUGUUAAUUUUAAAGCAGUAUUUUUUUUUUCUCCUCGCAAGCCACAAGAUCACAUUUUGCCAACAGUAACAAAGGGUUUUGACAUCAAUGUACUAAGCUAUGCAUGUUUUUUAAGACAACACUGCAAUGUUAUUGGCUCUUUAGUGCCACCAUUUUGGGUAGGGAGGAUGUGUGUGUGUGAGUGUGUUUGGUUGUCCGUCCAUGUGUGCGCGUGGCUUCGUGUAGUGUUUGUGUGCAUUUCCAUCUGAAAAAAAAAAACUCUGGAUGCCAUAACAGUUCUCCUGGUCAGUGUUUAAUAAGUGAACAUCAUAGCCUUAUUUUUAACAAUCUAUUAAACUCAAUUUCACCAAGA